AUUUACUUGAAGCCAAGCAAAAAGACGAAGACCGCAUGCUAUGGUUGUUCGGAGAUUCUUCGAAUUCACGAUCUUAAAGUCAUAUGAUUCACAGCAAAUAUAGCAACAAAUAUCUCAAUUGGUAUUUUCCAAAGCCACGAAACGUGCAUUGAGUUUGGAGCGAUAUCUGAAGUGAAGAUUGAAGACGUGAUAGAAGAUGGACGACUACUGCUAUGCUAAGAUGGCGACGUCCGCUAAAAGAGAACAUGAAAGAGAAUCAGCGCCACCAACUUCCAGCAAAUCACCAACGGAGAUAAAGACGAAAGAUGAAGACGUUCAGCAGCUGAUCGGUAAUCCAGAAGAAGUUUCCUCUCAGUUAGGGGGGAGCUCCACUUUGAAGCAGGAGACUCCACAACCACCCUGCAUUAAAAAGGAAGAGGAGGAACUCUGCAUCACUCAGGAGGGAGAGUGUCUUCUAGGACGAGAGGAAGCUGAUUACACCAAGUUUCCACUGAGUAUUCUCUCUGUGAAGACUGAAGAUGAUGAAGAGAAACCACAAUUAGACAACCUCUUAGCUCCACUAUCAGAUAGUGAGGCUGAAGACGAGGUUGAAGAACCUUUGAGCAGCGAUAAAGACUGUGAAGGUGAUAUGAGGACUCACACUGACAACAAACACUCUGAAUGCUCUACAAAGAAGAGAGGUAAAACAUGUUUGAGCUUCUCAGUUUGUGCUGAAAGUUUUACUAAAAAGAGCCGUUUGACUCAACACAUGAGAACACACACAGGACAAAAAACAUUUAAGUGUUCAGUUUGUGGCAAAAGCUUUUCUCGAAAUUAUGGUUUGACUGAACACAUGAGAACACACACAGGUGAAAAACCAUUUAAUUGUUCAGUUUGUGGCAUAGGUUUUUCUCGAAAUAGCGAUUUGACUCAACACAUGAAAACACACACAGGAGAAAAACCAUUUAAGUGUUCAGUUUGUGGCAACAGCUUUUCUCAAAAUAGCAAUUUGACUCAACACAUGAGAACACACACAGGUGAAAAACCCUAUAGUUGUUCAGUUUGUGGCAACAGUUUUUCUCAAAAUAGCCAUUUGACUCAACACAUGAGAAUACACACAGGAGAAAGACCAUUUAAUUGUUCAGUUUGUGGCAAAAGCUUUUCUCAAAAUAGCUGUUUGACUCAACACAUGAGAACACACACUGCUGAAAAACCAUUUAAUUGUUCAGUUUGUGGCAAAAGCUUUUCUGUUAAGUGCAGUUUAAUUAAACACAUGAAAACACACAGAGAUGAAAAACGAUAUAAGUGUUAAGUUUGUGGCAAAGAAUUUCUGUUAAGAGAAUAUUGACUUGACACAUGAGAACACACUGGACUAAGACCAUUUAAUUGUUCAGUUUGUGGUAAAAACUUUCAACAAACAGCUCUUUGUGUCGACACAUGAGAACACACAGGUGAAAAACCAUUUAGUUGUUCAGUGUGCUGUAAAAGGUUCCCUCUUAAAGCAGAUGCAGUAAAACACACAAGAACACACAAGAGAAAAUAACCAAUUAGCUGUUUAGUUUGUGGUAUGUUGCUCAUAUGUGGUGACAUCCACCCUACCCAGGACCUCCUCACUGCUUCUUUCACAAAUAUCUGAGGUAUUCAUACAAACUUGGAUUAUUUGGAGAAUAAUCGUAUCUACUCAUGACCCCAUGUCUUCUCUGUAUCCGAAACCUUCCUGAACAGUAAGAUAGAUGAUGCUUCAAGUGCUUGGUUACUCCUUCUUCAGUCCAGGGACCUGGGGCCUCAUGUGUCAAGUUUGUGCACGCUCAAAAACCUGCACUACACCCUUUUUCACUGCAAAGUUGAGAUGUAUCAAAACUGACGUUGUGAUCCUGGGUAACUGUUUGCAUAACCAAGUGCCAACUUUUACUCCUCAGACUGAUUGAUGUGCAAAUCAGAGACAUAUGAACAAUUAACCCCCAACACCCACAAUCCAACCCCCACCUCCCUCGACAUUUGGGCAUAACAGGUUCAAUCUGGCCCGUGAGAUGAGUUUGCAAAGUGUAAAAUUCAGCUGCAUUUUUAAUGAAAGAAACUGCUGUUCUAAAUGUGUCCACUGGAUGUCGCAAUAGCAAUUAUGUUAGGCAAGCAAAUAGCAUAGCAAGUAUACCAAGCAAGAGGUAGACGGUAAAGCGGGGCUGUGACUCCUCCCCCUCCACCCAACGUAAAACAGGAGUAAAAUAAGCACUCAGUAACCCCACUCAAAAUGCAGCAUGAGACACUGCACACUGAUAUAGUUCUGUGAAAAUGAUUGUCUUCUGUGCAAAUGUAAAGAAAGUGAACAGUGUGUGAUUUACUGCAAUACUGUCAGUCUUUUAAUACCUGGGAUUUAUAUAGCGCUUUUCUAAGUACCCAAAGUUGCUUUUACAUGUAGAACCCAUCAUUCAUUCACACCUGGUGGUGGUAAGCUACUUUCAUAGCCACAGCUGCCCUGGGGUAGACUGACGGAAGCGUGGCUACAAAUUGCGCCAACGGCCCCUCCGACCACCACCUAUCAUUCAUCAUUCAAUUCACCGGUGUGAGUGGCACCUGGGGCAAGGGUGAAGUGUCCUGCCCAAGGACACAACGGCAGCGAUUUUUUGGAUGGUAAGAGGCAGGGAGCGAACUUGCAACCCUCAGGUUUCUGGCACGGUUGCUCUACCCACUACACCAUGCCGCCCCAUGCUUUUAACUUUUUAUUUGUGCUUUGUUGAAAUUGUUCACACAUUGCACAGCCUUUAUUUUUCUAUCAAUACACAUUAUGUCUAGAAGACAGGAAGUAACUCAACACUCUUGAAUAGUUUCUACCUCAGUUUGUAUGGUUUGUUGAGUUAGCACAGGAUUAAUAUGUGGAAAUGACAAAUGAGGUAGUUGAUACAUAGAAUAGUUUUUAUUCAUGCUUUAUUUUGUUUUUUGUUCAAUCCUAGAUGGGUUGUGAGUUAAAGUUUAAUAGAAACACUGAGAUUAAG